ACAUAAACACGAACAAGAGUUUUGGCUGUGCUGAAUCCAGAAAAACCCAGAGGAUCUGCAAAAAUGUCUGCAGGCCAAUUGGAAUCGCUCGAGAGAACGUUGGAAACUUACAUUCCCAAAUCUGAGCUGAAAGAGGUCAAACGCCUCUUAUUUGGCAAGGAGACCGCCAUCCUGGACCUUCCAGCGGGUGCCCUGGAGGCUGCACGGCAAGGUGACUUUGAGCUGAAAGGCUUCAGCUUUGAGGCAGCUGAAGAACAGCUGAGGCUGCCCAGAAGGAUUCGAGUGGGACUUAUUCAGCACCACAUUGUUCUGCCCACGGAAGCGCCUGUCCUGGAACAGAUCAAUGCUAUGCACAACCGGGUUGGUCAAAUAGUGGAAGCUGCGGCCAUGUGUGGCGUGAACAUUAUCUGCUUUCAGGAAACGUGGACCAUGCCGUUUGCUUUCUGCACCCGUGAGAAAGAGCCAUGGACGGAAUUUGCAGAAUCUGCUGAGAAUGGAAACACAACUCGCUUCUGCCAGGAGUUGGCGCAAAAAUACAACAUGGUUAUCGUGUCUCCAAUUUUGGAGCGGGACGAGAUGCACAACACUCUGUGGAACACAGCGGUGGUGAUAUCCAACUCUGGAAAAGUACUGGGGAAGAGCAGGAAGAACCAUAUCCCCAGAAUUGGAGACUUUAACGAGUCGACAUAUUAUAUGGAAGGUGACACUGGCCACACCGUGUUCCAAACACAAUAUGGGAAGAUAGCUAUCAAUAUCUGCUACGGGCGCCACCAUCCCCUGAACUGGUUCAUGUACAGUAUGAAUGGUGCUGAGAUCAUCUUUAACCCUUCUGCUACUGUUGGUGCUCUAAGUGAGCCCAUGUGGCCGAUUGAGGCCAGGAAUGCAGCCAUAGCAAACCACUGCUUUACCUGCGCAAUCAAUCGAGUUGGGACGGAGCAUUUCAAAAGUGAAUUUACAUCUGGUGAUGGACAAAAAGCUCAUCAUGACUUUGGACACUUCUAUGGAUCCAGUUAUGUGGCUGCUCCCGAUGGAAGCCGCACACCGGGGCUUUCGAGAACUCGCGAUGGACUACUGGUAGUAGAACUAGACCUCAACCUGAACCGCCAAAUCAGUGACAGAUGGAGUUUUAAGAUGACUGGGCGUUACCCCGAGUAUGCUGAGGCUCUUACCAAGGCGGUCAGACAUGACUUCCAGCCGCAAAUAGUGAAGGAAUAAAUCAAAGCAAAAAAUGAUCCCUCACAGAAGAAGUUCUCAACUGGUUUCAACAACAACAUUGCUCCAUGGAUAUUGAAGCGCAUAUUCUCCAGUGUGCUAAAGUCAGAAAACUUUUUGGGCUGCGCGGAUUUUCCCAUCAACUUAUGUUGAGGUCAGACGACAUGAAUGUAGUCCGAUUUUGAGCCGACAAGAUAUAUCGCAGCAAAACUGAAGCGUCUCAUAGCCCAUUUUCAGUUGUCUUGACACAUCGUGGCCCGUAUAGUGUGACAUACUCAAUGAAUGGUCGUCUGGGAUGUUUCGCGACCAUCACGACGAAAGUCGGUCACGUCAGAAUUUUUGUAUGUCUUGCUACAUAGCGGGACAUGUCCUACAUCUUCCUUUGAUUCUUUGAUUUGUUCUUCGGCAUUGACCAAUAGGAAGAAAGUGCCCUCCUACUUAUAACGAGUGAC